CUUCCUAGCUGUGUGCUGGACAGUACACUUGCAUAAUGGAGCUAUCAACACUUGUAUUCCUCAGUCUCGUGUUGUGCGGCGUCGAAGACGUAUAUGCUGAUGGCAGUUUGGCAAAACUGACUACACGGGUGACGGUGGUGGAAAUGGAUCUCAAAGCAUGGAAACUUAUAAGUAUUAAUACUGAGACUGAACUGAUAAACAAGUUUAAUGUUUGGGAGUUAUCACUGAAAGAAGAACUGACUUCAACAUUCCUUCCUUCCUUGAUAAAACCUCUCGUCAAACAAGCAAUUACCGACAUACUAAAAGAAGAAUAUAUUGGGAAUGCUAUCAGAGGGCAUAUUUUCGAUGAAGUUACCAGCCUGAACGCCAGUUUACAAAACAAAACGACACAACUUGAGGCAAUAACACAAGACUUAAGACGUGUUGAACGGGGAACAGACACCUACAGAGAAACUGUUGGAAAAGAACGUGGCGAGUUGACAAAAGACAUCCGGGCACUAAAUCAGACAGUAGCUCGCGCAACGUCAUAUAUAAGAAUGCUGGAAUCGAAACUAAAUCAGACCAUUGGUGACCUGUUUGAGGCAAGGCAAACAAUCACUGUCCUCAAACAGGACUUCAUGACGCUGAAUACAAGUUGUGCGAUGACGGGAAAAGAGGUUGAAUCAUACCGGGAGGGCUUGCAAGAAAUGGAGCUGAAGUUACCCACAGAAAUUCAGAGUUUAAACAUUCAACUAAAUCAGACCAUUGGUGACCUGUUUGAGGCAAGGCAAACAAUCGCUGGCCUCACACAGGACUUCAUGACGCUGAAUACAAGUUGUGCGAUGACGGGAAAAGAGGUUGAAUCAUACCGGGAGGGCUUGCAAGAAAUGGAGCUGAAGUUACCCAUAGAAAUUCAGAGUUUAAACGUUCAACUAAAUCAGACCAUUGGUGACCUGUUUGAGGCAAGGCAAACAAUCACUGGCCUCACACAGGACUUCAUGACGCUGAAUACAAGUUGUGCGAUGACGGGAAAAGAGGUUGAAUCAUACCGGGAGGGCUUGCAAGAAAUGGAGCUGAAGUUACCCACAGAAAUUCAGAGUUUAAACAUUCAACUAAAUCAGACCAUUGGUGACCUGUUUGAGACAAGGCAAACAAUCGCUGGCCUCACACAGGACUUCAUGACGCUGAAUACAAGUUGUUGUAGGAUGAGGGAAGAGAUUAAGGAGGAUUCAACCACGACGUAUCCUGAUACGACAGCAGCCUCGACUGACCCGAGCCUGAGCAAGACGGUCCCACCAACGCCAGUGACGACACAAGACCCUGAUCCACACGCCUCGACGACCGACGUGAGUGAUGAUCUGACACCGAACAACACGGUUCCACCAGCGCCAGUGACGACACAAGACUCCCACGCGACUCCAUCACCAGCCACAGACCGCGACCUCUACUCCGCCAGCGAGGACGGUGACCUGGAAAGAGUGAAGCGGAUCCUGGCAGCGGGUCACGUGGACAUCAACACUAGAGGAGACUACAGCGGGACACCGGUGAUGGCGGCAGCAGUGAGGGGACACAGAGAUGUGGUGGAGUUCCUGGUGGGUAGAGGGGCUGAUGUGUCGCUGGUGAACAGGUACGGUAGCAACGUCCUUCACUACGCCUGUUGGGGUGUAGGAGACCUGGAGAUCGUGAAGCUGAUCGUGUCCCUGAACGUGUUGGACAUCAACGCCAUGAACAACUACGGGAGCACAGCGGUCUACUACGCGAGAUUCUAUGGACAUCAGCGAGUGGUGGAGUUCCUGGUGUCACGUGGUGGACACUGAAGUCAGUGUUGGUGUGGACAGUGACGGUGCACAUGUCGUUACUGACACUGACGAGGUGUGUGCCGUCCACGUUGUCGUGUGUCACGAUUCACGUGAUUUCCGUUUACUUUGUGAAUAUAAAUAGAACUUGUUGAAUGUA